UCUAGUGACAAACUACAAGUGCAAUAAUUUUUUUCUAAUCUGUAAUAUCUGUAAAUUUACUGAAAACCGUAAAAAACAGUAAGUGAAGUGAAAAAGGAAAUUUAUAAACUAUGGAAAAUAAGGACACAGCCGAAACAGCUCUAGCUUCUGAAGCUGAAAAUCCUUUUAGUUUAGAAAGCUAUUUUAAAGACAUUAUAGCUGGUAAACAAAUAGAGACUGAUGUAAAUAAACUUCAGGAAAUACUAGAAAAGAGCAUUGGUCUAAGCUUUCACAAUAUGAAUCCCAAACUGAAGUUUAUUUUACCCUACAUAUUGGUUCACUAUAUAAAAAUCUGGCCUGGUUGGAAAAAGACAUCUGAAUAUCACCAACAACAAAUAUCAUUCGAAAGUUGGUAUUUGAAGUUUAAGGAAUACCUUAUAUACAAAAUAAACUUUAUGAUAAAAAACGACUAUGAAAAAGGAUUGGCAAUGGUUCGGUACAAUGCUACUGUAUUGGAGGAGAGGGAAGUCAGCAAAUGUGAUAAUAGUACACAGACUAGUUCUAAUGCAGACAAAACUACAGCUCCAUUUACCAUUGAAAUCAGUGGCCCAGCAAGGGUUCUUAAUUCUGUGAUAUUUUGUGAAGGAGAGGAAGACACUGUAUUUGUUAAAGAGUAUCAAGUACCUAUCGCAUGGGGAGAUCAAUUAAAUAUAAGACAACUCACAAAUUGGCCAUUUGUUGAAGUGAACUUCGUCUCUGAAUAUCUGCAUUUCAAAAGAACCAAUAAGCACCAGUUCAUACGAUGCCUUACUUUUAGCACAGAAAGAAUAACUUUCAAGAAAAGCGACUCCUUUGUUGAAGAAAUUAACAUUAUCGAUGAACAUUCUACUAGACAGGCAUAUACGUUAAAUGCAGUUAGAGAAUAUUGCUCUGCAUACAUUAGUACAUUAAAGAAAAGAAAUGACAUAUUGAAUUGGACCGGAACAAGUUUUGAUGAAGUUAAAGUUAUUAUAGAAGACUUUAUCCUAGAUAUAUUCGCUUUAGGUUUUAACAGUAUUGCUACAAACACGUCAGUAUUGUACAAUAUCGGAAACUCGGUGUACGCCCGGAAUAAGUGUAUCAAAACUAGUGACCAGUCUAUAUGUUUUGGAGAAUGCCUAACUCCAAAGCUUUGUCUCUCUCUACACGCUUUCACGGCAAUAAAGGAUGCCAAUAUAACUUCUUUUGAUGAUCUGUUUCUAAACAACGACACGUUACUGCCGUCGAUUACGUUCCGAUGCACGUUCUGUAAUGUGUCAUAUAACAACACAAAAGAUCUGUGGAACCAUCUCAAGGGAGGCCAUGUCAUGGAGCAACCUGUGUUAUGUAUUAAAUGUAAAUUACAGAUUAAGAUUGAAAAGCUGACAGACAACCGCUGGUAUCACCAGUGCAGUAAAAAAGUCGAUAAACUAAAAACCAGCGGUAGUUUGUCAGAAAAUAAAUCGGAUAUUUGAUUUUUUUAUUAUCUAUAAAUCUUGUUAAGGGCGUAGGCGCAAAAUUUCGCGCCAAUGUGUUUUAAAUGCAUUAUUUUGUUUCCAUCACUUUAUUGUACACUUCCAUCACCCUUACUGUGUUUUAUUCUUGCAAUUUAUAUAAAUUCCAACAACUACCAAUUAUUUAAAUAAAUUCGAUAGCUAAGAUAUUUAAAUCGACACAAAAUACGUUCCCAAUCCUAGGUGUGUCCAAACACACAAGGAUUUAUUAUCGAUUUUCUUAGUCAUUGAUCCUAUGUGUAUUGUUGUUUGCCUACUCUCAUCGUAGAUAAACACCACCUUAGUGGAAAUUAAAUAUAGCUUCUCUAUGUCAAUAACUUUAAUAUCGAGGUUAAUUUUACUUUAAUUAAUUUUUAAUCACAGAGUGAUGUUCGUUUUUUUUUCAAUUUUAACAAGUUUUACACUGUUGACUACAUAACUAAUAGGUACAUAUUAGCACUUCCUGUUGCACUGCCAGUUUAGUCUUGUCAUCCUUCAGGAUUUCCGUUACAAUAAUCAGUUGCCAACAACCGUUCAACAUAUGAACAACUCAAUUUAGGGUCAGAUGGUACCCUGUGCAUAAUACAUGUGAUAUCUUGUGCAUCCAUGUUUAAUUUAUGAAUUAUAGUCAAUGUUUCCAUGACUGAUUAAGUUUAAAGGGUUUUUACCCAAAUAUUUUCAUUUUGGUGGUUAGCAUGUCAGCAUCUUGUGAGUAUAACCUAUAUCUUUUUUAACCCUAGUCAACAUUUCAAAAUUUUGCUUUAACUUAUUAGGUUAUACUUAUUUUAGGUCAGCACUGAUGAUGAUCUGUAAUCAGAUUGAAAACCAGUUCUGCUUGAGAUGUAGCCCUUUUUUAGUAAAUUUUAAUAAAUAUACCUUUUAUAAAGGAUUUUACUUGUUUUUUGUAAUAUAUAAUAUACAGCCAGCUACAAGAAAACCUUUUUCCUUGUGGAUUUGUAUUUUUUUUUCGAAUCCUGAGAAAACUAAUACGUAUUUUUGAAAAAUUUAAACGCAGAAUGAAAGAUUGUAUUAUUACCCAGGGUCGAAAGUCCCUAAAAACUUCUGUAAUGUUUAUUUUAAUAAGUUCAGGGGUGAAAAAAAAAGAGAAAAUUAAGCGUGAUUUUUAAUUUCAAAUAUCUCACUCAAAAGAAACUUUUUGGUUAUUCUAGGGGACUUUCGGCCAUCGGUAAUAAUGUAAUUUUUCAUUCUGCGUUUAAAUUUUUCAAAAAUACUUACACUAAAACCUCAAUAUAACGGACUAAUUGAGGGACGGGAUGUCCGUUAAAACCGAAAGUUAGUUAUAUAAAAAUAGGUUUAAAAUCGAUUAAAAUGUUUGUUUUUGAAAAUAUGUACUUUAUUUAGAUACAGUGUACAAAUCUGUAAGUUAAAAAAGGAAUCAAGUUUUGUUUGCUACUUUUUAUUUUUCUACUUCAUCUAAAAACUUUCCAUGAAUUAGCUAGGACUAAUGUAGAUUUUGGUAAAACAUAAUUAAAGUUGCCAUCUUCCGAAUGUCAAAUAUUUUCCGGGGGAUAAGCAGGAGCAUUGUCUAAAAUCAAUAAACAUUUCACCUGUUUCGGCGGUAUUUCUUCUCUUGAAAUUUUCUCACUGCAGAUACAAAUUCUUUA